AUGGGUGAUUAUGCUGGCAGCUUGUCAGACGCGAGAAGUGAGCGGUCAUUGUCUGCAUCAGAAUGCAUAACUUCACGAGGUUUUAUUAAUAAGAUGAGUGGUGAAGGAAGCAAACCAAAUGAUCAUCGUCAAAGCCUCAGUUUAGCAAUCGGUCCUAGUGGUAUCCAAGAAGGCUCGCCUUGCAGAGAUUAUGCUAGUAAUGGUGGUGUUUUUCAGAAAAUAAUCUCCAGGAAAGAAGCACAGAAAAUAAAAAAGAUGCAACAUUUGGAAAGUCCGACCAUGGCUGCUUCAGGACCUAUUAUAAUGCGUGCAGUUGUGCCAACAGCUCCAGGCCGUGAGGUUAUGACAAUAGGACAUUACAUAAAAGAUGAUUGCGUCUAUGGCAGAAAACCAAACCGCAAAAUAAAGGGUAAAAACCAGAAGGGGCCCAGUUUGAGUAACGUGUCAAAGACUGGUUACACUGAUGGAGAGAAUGUUCCUGGUAGCAGCAGAAUGCUUCUUAUAACAAUGCACACAGGAAAACCUGGGAGUAGUAGUCAGAUGGCACUGAGUUCAACUUCUCGUCAUCAUGUCACCCUAGAGGAUAUCGAGGAAACUAGCUCUCCAGGAUGUCUUCCCAUGGAAGGAAAGCUGAAAGCUCCUGUUGGCGGUGACACCGAACGCACGGAUUCUACAGCACCAUCUUCUGAUAAAACUUCGUCACUAGGUAAUCUGGCUAAUUCUUCAUGCGUUGAUAGGGAAGAACAGGAAAAAAGUAUGGCUCCAGUUGCAGUUGAUGGUGACACCGAAGGCACAGAUUCUACAGCAACAUCUUCUGAUAAAACUUCGUCACAGCUGGGUCAUCUGGCUAAUUCUUCAUGUGUUGAUAGGGAAGAACAGAAAAAAGAUAUGGCUCCAGUUGGUGGUGACACCAAAGACACAGAUUAUACAGCACCAUCGUCUUCUGAUGAUGAUCAUCUGGCUAAUUCUUCAUGUGUUGAUAGGGAAGAACAGAAGAAAGCUAUGGCUCCAGUUGGUGGUGACACUGACACCAUACACAGAUUCCUCCAUAGCACCACCAUCUUCUGA